UCGUGCUUAAAAUAUUUAAUAACAAUUAAACUACAGUUUAGUAACAAUUAUUUCAUAAUAUGGUAUAGAUUGUUACAUUAUUGUGUAUCACAUCAGUGGUAUUUUAGUGGUUACACGAGACGACGAAUCGUAAACAGUCAGUAGCCACUGUUUCCUUAAUCACAACAUUGAACAUGAACAUGUUUAAGAAUUUUUUUACAACGUCGUUAACGCUGUUAACAGCUUAUGUCACUUUAAUUUCUACGCUACGCCAACCAGAUUUCCAAAGACGUAUCAUUAAAUUGAUUAUAGAGCCUAUUAGCCCAACCGCGUUUUAUGCUGAAUGGAGACUACUGCCAGACAUAAACAGCAGCGUAAAUUAUUCGUUGACGUAUUCCACUCAUUUGAAUAAUGAAAUUAAGUUAACUAGUAGCAACAAUAUCACACUAACAGGAUUGAUGGAAUGUACAGCUUAUACAAUCACGGUGAGGUGUUUAUAUUACGGAUCCGGUGAAAAUAUGCUUAGUGGUCCCUUUACUUCUACAGUUGCAUUGACUUCACAUUUCUCCCAACUGAAAGCUGUGAAGAAUUUAACUGCGAUAACUUCGAGUCAUUCGAUUUUGAUUUCGUGGGGAAACCCGAUGGAACAGAAAUUAUGUACGGCAAAUUUUCACAUCUCAUUAACUUCAAUGCGAGGUACCGGUCAAGAAAUACAAACCGAAUUCGAUCAUCACAUGAUAACAGCGUUAGAACCAUGCAUCACAUAUUUCGGUUAUGUUUCUGCGGUCGACUUCGCAGGCGUUAAAGGAAAUCCUACAGCGUUCAAUGUAACUACGGAUCCUGGAAUACCUGGACCUGUAGUGAAGUUAACGGCUUCAUCAAAUGAGUCGAGAACUAUAUUCGUUAGAUGGGAUAAACCGAUUAAUUCGUCUUUUUGUAUUCGUAAAUACGAAGUUGUUUAUUGUAACGAUUUAUUCGUUUGCUCUACAAUUAUGACUGAAACUAAUGCUUUGACUAUUUUACAUCUAAUGCCUUGUGUAACGUAUCAAAUAACGGUUACGCCAAAAAUGUCAGACACCGAAAAUGGUUUGUCAGCCAAAACUGAAGCCACUGUAAUCGCCGAAGUUUUGGAAAAGCCCACAAAUGGACGAAUAUUGUUUUUAACCAGUUAUAAUGUCACUCUGCAAUGGGAUCAUCCUAUCGAAUCUGUUUGCACUUUAAUACAUCAAAUCGUAAACUGUUCGAAUUUGAAUUCUUCAUUCGAACUGAUGACGUAUACACCUGCCCGAGCAGUGACCAUAGAUAACUUGAAACCUUUCACGAAGUACAUUUGUUACUCUGCGUUUUAUAAUAAGCAAGGUUAUUCAGAAAAGAGUGACGAAAUCGUUGUUUGGACAAAGUUACAAGUGCCAGAUCCACCAACAAAUUUAUCGAUCAUUAAGUUGUCUGCCAACAGCGUGAUUAUUGCAUGGGCAUCGUCUACUACAGUAUCUCCCGCUACAAUAGACAGUUACCGUUGGACGGUUAUGUUUAAGCAUUUUUUAUACGAACCACCGAAAUACUGCUCGACCCGAAUCACAGAACCUGUGGUCACACAUUUCGUUAAAAAUGAUCAGACGUACCAGCAUCAAAUUGAGAAUUUAAUACCUGCUAGCUGUUACAUCAUAGAAUUGAGUGCUGCAACAGAGUCUGGUUUUGGAAAUUCAACAAAUAUUACGAUACACACGCUGUCGUCGACUAGUUCGCCGGUCAAAAACCUACAAGUUAAAUCGAUAGAAUCUAAUUUGGUCGUAUUGAGUUGGAAGUACCCGUGCAUUCCAAACGGAAAAAUCGCAUUUUUUCACAGUACGUUUGUGGGAGAAAGACUUGGAUUUCAUAAUCACAUUUUCAGUAUCAAAUGCGAUAUUUCAGACAACGAAACGGAAUUUGAAUAUAGCUUAACCCAAUUGUUGCCCGAGUAUACGUACUUAUGUACGGUAGCAGCGAUAACCGAAACUGUGGAGAACCCGGGCCAAGACAAACGCAUUAGAUUUAUUACACCAUCGACAAGCCCGGAUUUACCUAGCAAAUACGAUACAUACCGUCAUUUAAGAGUGACCGUGUCCGAAAACUAUCUCACGCAGGUCCGUUUGUCCAUACCCGGAAACUUGUUCUCGAGCGCCUCCGGAAAUAUCAAAUACUAUUCAAUAAUCGUUUACCAGGAUGGCGGAUUUCCAGACAAGCCAGAACACGGCAUUAGGAAGAAUAAUCCUCGGCAGCAGAUGCAUUACGACGUCUGGCCACCUCCCAUGCGGACAUGGGCCGAAGCUGCACCGUACCCUUUCAUACUGGCGUAUCAGACAACGCCCGACCAGUGGAUGCCUUUUAAAGAUCAAAACGAUGAGGUUUUUGAUAUUGGCGCGGACAACACCUGUUCCAUAAACGACAAGAAAAGUUAUUGCAACGGACCAUUGAGACCUGUUACUAAUUACAGAUUGAAACUCAGGGCUUUUACAGCGGAUGGGUUUCAAGAUUCGUGGACCGUACCAUUUACUACACGUGGCGAACCCACAGCAGUCUACUACUUGGUGUUGUACAGUGUACUGUUCGCGGUGUUCAUCACUGCGACUGGUAUGUAUUGUGUACUCAACGAAAAAGUUCCGUGGGCCGUACAGUAUAGAGUAAUACACACGACUGCAACACGCCAAGGGUCUGGUGUGCCAAAUGACAUGAAUUUCAAACACUUGUUGGCCAAAACUCCAGAAGAAAUCGAGGCCGAGUAUGACCUAUUGAACGUGUACUCAAAAUCAAACUUCACGACAAAUGUAGCUAUGAUGCCUCAGAACAAGUUUAAAAAUCGUUACGUCAACACAUUACCAUAUGACUACAACCGAGUGACUAUAAAGUCAGACGAUACAGAUUACUACAUCAACGCAUCUUUUAUCGAAGAUUCCAAUGGUUUUCGGCAAUAUAUUGCUUGUCAAGGUCCUUUAAAAAAUACUUGCGUUGAUAUGUGGCAAAUGGUUUUAGACCAAGACGUAGCUUCGAUUGUUAUGUUAUGUCAGAUUAAUGAAAAAAAUAAGAUAAAAUGCGAUAAAUAUUUUCCAAACAGUAAUGAAAAAUUAGUUUUCGGCGAUAUUCAAGUGAAAAACGACAUUAUGAUUGUCGACAAAGAGCGUUAUUCGUUUACAAUCAGAAUAUUGACAGUUCUAAAGGGCCAUUUAAAAAAGACGAUACGACAUUUUCAAUUUCACGAUUGGCCGGAUUUCGGAACACCAAAUGACCCAUCGAUAUUGUUGCGGUUUUGGCGUGUAGUACAAGCAAAAUCCCCAAUUGGUCUGAUUGUUGUACAUUGUAGUGCUGGAGUCGGUAGGACAGGAACUUACAUAGCUUGUGACAUGCUAUUACGUCUAAUCCACCAGGAUAGAACAAAAUUAAAUGUUUUCAAAACUGUUUUAAGAUUGCGUGAGCAACGGACUAAUAUGGUACAAACACAGGCUCAAUAUGAAUUCAUAUACAAAUUUUUAACGUAUUGUUUAAAUCUACAGAUGAAUUCGUUGAACACAACAGCAGGUCAGUAGAAGAGUAUAACAUUAUUACGGUUAUUAUUUUUGUUAAUUAUAUACAAAUGUAAAUACUAUAAACGAUAGUCAAUAAUACAGAAUAAUCUUAGUUAAAAGAGCUAAAUUAUAGAAUUAUGUAAAU